AUGGGCGCGACAUUCAGCAAGGAGCUGGACAGGGGCCAACUCGACGAGAUAGACGACAGGGUCAAGCAAGUAGGCGUUCUUGUCGCCGAGCGUGCUGUCGGCGCCCCCGACUCAAAAGAUGUCCUGUAUAGCAUCAGAUGGGUUGGAGAGCCCAAUAUGCGCGCGGGCAUAGGGGAAGAGAAGAAAUAUCCCAUCGCGGUCUAUUUCGGCGAGGUCAACGUCACACCCGAAAAUUAUAAUGCCGGCCUGGUCGGGGAUGCUUUCGUGCCGCAACUGGAGAUGUACGACCAGUUUGGCCAGCCAAUGACUGACCGAUCGGAAACGCCUAAGAAGCCGGCCACGCCGGGUGGCAUUUGGAGGUCUAAGUUAAAAUCUAAAUGGAAGAAAAAGUCGUAUCCUACAUAUCUCACUGUGCGGAUUGUCCUCCCCACCGACUUCGACGACGCCAAAUCAAUGAACGACGCCAAAUACCCAGCAGGCAUACCCGUCCAAAACCAACUCUACCGAGGCGACAUCGUCAAAAACCAGAAAUUCUGGUUCGUCACCACAUGGAACGAAAAGGAGAAGAAACGCAAGCUUACACCCUUGGGCAACGUCAUGCCGGAGUUGAAGAAUGGAGGUGAUCUAAAGGCCAAGCGGGAGGAUGGUGGAGAGGGAGAAUAUCUGCCGUUCAACAACACCAACACCAACCAGUAUGGGUUUGAUUAUGGGAGGAUGUCGAGUAUGUUUCGGGGGCUGUAUUCGAUCACGAAUAGUACUGAGCCGGAGGAUACGGCGGAGUUCAAGUGUGCGCAGCGGAAUUUUGUGGGGCCGGAUUGGUAUAAUGAGUGGGAGGGGCGGUAUUGUGAUUUGGAGUCGAGGAGGGUGUUUCCGACGUGUGGGGGUGAGGAGCAGGGGAUGUGUUGGGAUCCGAUGGCGACGGAGAUUCGGGGGGCGAGGGAGGUGAUGGAGCCGGUUGCGGAUUGGAGUGGGUUGGUGGCGAAGAGGGAUGGGUUGACGACGUUGGUUGGGGUGGCGGCGACGAAGUCGGUGUCAGCUGCGGCGCCGUUCAAGACGCUGUCGGCUGUGUAUGGGUACUUCUAG